AUGACCUCUGUGACGGGGAUGGAAUCUACCCAAAUCUCUCCCAAGGAGCUUCCCAAAUCGUUUAAUGACUGGCCCAAUUUCCAAGGAUUCAACUCCACCUACCAGGAGCACUCGCCGGUGGAGCUCAAAGUCAAAGGGAAUAUCCCAGCGUGGGCUGCUGGCGUUCUCUACCGCACGGGGACUGGUGCCAGUGAAGUCGAGACAGACUCUGGAAAGACCUUCAAGGUGCACCACUGGUUUGACGGGCUGGCCGUCGUCCAUCGCUUCCAGAUUCUGCCCCCCGACAGCGAGCACGAUUCGGUUCGGGUUCUGUACAACUCGCGCAGUACCUGCGAUGGGCUGAUUGAGAAGAUCCGCAAGACUGGUGACGUGGGACAAGUGACGUUUGGGAGGAAAUACGAACCGUGCACGUCCUUUUUCAAGAAGGUGAUGUCCAUAUUCCAGCCUAAUCAACUCGGUUGUUCCAAGCCAGACGAGAGAAGCAUGUCAGUCACUCUGUCUACCAACUUUCCAGGCCUUUCCGCCACGGGAGAGAGGCAGCACCAUGGACAUGCCUCGGGAAUCCAAACGUUGUGCAACAAAACGGAUGCCAACGCCUUUCAGAUGUUGGAUCCGGAAACGUUGGAGCCUGUCGGCCUUGCGUCUCAGACGACCCUUCACCCAGACCUCAAGGGUCCUCUGUCGUCUGCCCAUGCGAGGUCUGAUCCCAUUACGGGCGACGUGUUCAACUACAAUCUGGAUUUAGGCCCGAAGCCGACGUAUCGCAUCUUCCGCGUGUCAUCGACAGGGAAAACGUCAAUUCUGGCCUCUUUCCACGCUGAUGCAGCCUACCUCCAUUCGUUCUUCUUGUCCAAACACUACGUGGUCCUCUGCGUGUGGAAUUCGUUCUUCACCGCCAGCGGCGCCAGUAUACUCUGGAAAAAGAACAUUGUCGAUGCCUUGGCAGAUUAUGACCCGUCUCGACCCGCGCGCUGGUAUGUGGUGGACCGACGUCCGCCAGAAGAGGGAGGACAGGGUCUCGUCGCCAUCUAUGAAAGCGAUCAUUUUUACUGCUUCCAUACGAUCAACGCUUUUGAGGAGGCUUCUGCCGACGGUUCGACGGUCGACAUCGUGGCCGAUCUGGUGACGUACCCGAAUUUGGACACCUUGAAAAAGCUCUACCUCCCAAACUUGAUAUCGACGUCGCCAGCUACUGCUGAGUAUGCCAAGGCUAGCGUUAACCCCGUGCUAAAGCGUUUCCGUCUUUCGUCGAUUCCGUUGACCCCUGUGAAAACUGCGAAACAGGCAGUGUUGGAGCUGACUUCGGAGCCCCUCAAGUGCCCGGAGCUACCCACGAUCAAUCCUGCGUACGUGCUUCGUCGCCAUCGCUAUGUCUACGGGGUGGUCAAUACUGGAAAGUCGACCUUCUUUGACAGUCUGGUCAAGUAUGACACGGAGACAGGGGCCACGCUCACGUGGAGCGAACAUGGCCAGACGGCCGGCGAAGCCAUCUUUGUGCCGCGGAGGGGAACUGAGGCGGCUGAUAAUCUGGACGAAGACGACGGGAUUCUUCUUACGGUCGUUCUGGAUGGGCCUGCCGGUCGAUCAUACCUCUUGGCACUUGAUCCGAAAACGAUGACGGAGACCGGCCGGGCAGAGCUCGAUGGACCGGUGGGCUUUGCUUUCCACGGGACACAUGUUCCUGCAGCGGGCAAAGGUUUUGGAGGAGCUGAGGGAAGGGGACUCGACUUUUAG